AUUUGUAGUGACCAAACAUGAUCGUUUUUACUUUUUAGUAUUACUAGUGACCAACCUUGCAAUUUACCAAAACAGUUUUCCUCUCUUUAACUAAUUCGUAGAAGCUAUGGGCCAGAAAAAGUUUUGGGUAUUUGCCUCAAAGCCUAGCUGAUUUGGGCUUAUUAGAUUUCCCAAAAUCUAAAAGAAGGCCCAAAUUUCUCCAAACUAAUUUGUCCACAGCGAAGCCCAGAACUUCUACAAUGCAACCAACGGCCGCGGCAGCGGCGGUGCUACCAGUUCUCCUCCCAUGGCAGCAGCGGCCAAGCUAGCUCUAUCGCAUUCCAUAACAAAAUCGCCAUCACUAUGUUCCUUCUCCAAAUUCACCGCCGAUUCCCGCGGUUUCAGUGUAAGAGCGAACGCUUGCUUGGAUGCAGUCAAGCAACCGAUGAGCACUGACCUGGUUUCUCUCGAGUACGCCGACCUUAACCUUCCCCCGGCGGACGUGGGUCAUGUGAGAAUCAGGCAACAUGUGAACCCUUUGAGCUCCUCUUUCUCUGCGCCGGCACCAGUGCCUGAUUGGAAGGAAGUUUUCAGGGAUCCAACACUUCCACUCAUGGUGGACAUUGGAUGUGGGAGUGGCAGAUUCCUUGUAUGGCUUGCCAAACGAAACCCGGAUUCUGGGAACUACUUGGGCUUGGAAAUACGGAAGAAACUGGUCAAGCGAGCUGAAUCGUGGGUAAAAGAUCUGGCUCUUACUAAUGCUCAUUUCAUAUUUGCAAAUGCUGCUGUGUCUUUCAGACACUUGGUUGUCUCUUAUCCUGGGCCAUUGACACUAGUUUCGAUCUUGUGUCCAGAUCCUCAUUUCAAGAAGAGGCAUCACAAGAGAAGAGUUGUGCAACAGCCAUUAGUUGCUUCUAUCCUUGAUAGUUUAGUCCCCGGGGGAAAGGUGUUCCUGCAGUCUGACGUACUGGACGUGGCUCUCGACAUGAGAAACCAGUUCGAUGCAGAGUCCAUCGUGAUGCAGCACAUCGAUGAGGUUGACUCGAGCCUACCAUGUGAUAGGGAUGGAUGGCUGCUGAGCAAUCCCAUGGGGAUACGGACUGAGAGAGAGAUACAUGCUGAAUCUGAAGGUGGGACGAUAUACAGAAGGUUGUACCAAAAGAGGACAACUUAAUUGUUACAAUUAAUAAAUUGUGCAAAAUGCGUGUUGUACCUGCUCCGGCUAGAGCUAAACCAAAAAAACUCCAAAUGUUUCUUGGAAGCCUAGCUGAUAUGCUUGAUGAGUUGCAUGGAGCAUAGUACUUCACUUGAGAGUAGGGUACUAUCAGAUUAGGAUGAAUGAAACACAUAUACACAUACACCCUUAGCGAACUCAUACUAAACAUUAUGAGUACCU